GGCCAAGCGCCUUGGCAACCUCGUUGGUCUUGUCAGCCUCAUCUCAAGAGGACUGCGUGUCUUUAUCGUCGUCUUCAUCCAACUUCACUCACUUUUGCCGACUAUCCAGCGCAUCAUCACUUAUCAGCAUCAUCUCACACACAAAGACCCCCACCAAAACAAUGGCCAAGCAAAAAUCAACACCAGUCGCCUCGCCCGCCGCAGGAGCGAAAGAAGACGAGACGUCGUCAGACUCGCAGCAGCAGCAGGUAGCGGAAACAUCACCAGCGGAGAGGAUACUAGCGCUCCUCAUGCCCCCUGCCUGGGCGCGCCGCCUCAUCUUCGUCGUUCUCAUAUUCUACAUCACGCCCUUCCUGCUCACGCACUGGAUCGAGACGUCGACGAAGCUGAUUAGGAUGAUACGGGCAUUGACCGGCCAGAGGUGAUUGUUCAUUACGUGAAAUGAAGAGGGGUGGAUGUUUGGGGGGGGCUGGU